AUGAAUCCAUCUACGGCAUUCCCCAAGGCCGCGGCUGUCCCCGCGCGUCUGUUGCGAACACAACGACAAUGUACUUCCAACAACGGCAUUGCUUCAUCGAACCAAACGAGAACUUAUCAUGCGGCCACCGCUUCUCCGGCUAGGCGCCUCCGUGAGGGCGCGUGCAAGCGGAAAGACUCGGUGGUGAUGUCGGCUCGGACCUUCCACACCACAUCUUCCCUCUCCGCCGUUGCCGAUCCCUACAAGGUCCUGGGUGUCGACAAGCAGGCCUCCGCCGGAGACAUCAAGAAGGCCUAUUACGGUCUGGCCAAGAAGUACCACCCCGAUACCAAUAAGGAUGCCAAGGCGAAGGACAAGUUUGCAGAGGCCCAAACUGCCUACGAAUUGUUGUCCGAUAAAACGAAGCGAGAAAACUACGACAAGUAUGGCUCAGCUGCCUUCGAUCAAAAUGGUGGUUUCGACCCAAGCGCUGGCGGAAAUCCAUUCUCUGGCGCUGGAGGAUUCCACGGCUUUGGAGGUGGGUUUGGUGGAGGUGGCGGCUUCGGCGGAGGCUUCUCAGGCGACAUCAACUUCGAGGAUCUUUUCGGUGCCUUCACCGGAGGUGCGCGUCGUGGCCCCCGGGGUCGGCGCAAUCCUUUCCAGGAACAGAUCCUGGUUGGUGAAGAUAUCGAAGUGCAGACAAACAUCUCCUUCAUGGAAGCCGCCAAGGGUGCGACCCAAGAAAUUGUCAUCACUCCGUUGACCAAGUGCGGGACUUGUAAAGGUGACGGUCUGAAGUCUGGUGCCAAGCGGUCUCAAUGUCGUCAGUGCAACGGCACCGGUACCCGUGUUCAUCUCAUGCAGGGUGGCUUCCAAGUCGCCGCCACAUGUGACGCCUGUGGCGGUGCUGGUAUGUCUGUCCCUCGUGGAUCAGAGUGCAGCCCUUGCAACGGAAACGGUGUGACCAGGGAGCGCAAGACCAUCAAGGUCGAUAUCCCUGGUGGUGUUGAGGACGGUAUGCGCCUGCGGGUGACUGGAGAAGGUGACAACCCGCCCACCGGCGCAGCUGUUCCUCCUGGCUCCCGCACACAGCCCGGUGAUCUAUAUGUCUCUAUCCGAGUUGCCCCGGAUCACCGCUUCAACCGUUCCGGAUCCGACGUUCUUUACACAGCCACCAUUCCUCUCACCACUGCCAUCCUUGGUGGCGAGGUGACCAUCCCAACUCUCGACAACGAGGUGAAGGUGAAGGUGGCUACAGGCACAGGUACCGGUGAUAAAAUUACUUUGUCCGGCAUGGGUAUGAAGAAGCUUGGCGGUCGCACCCGUGGUAUCUCCAAUGGCGAUCUCAAGGUCGAAUUUAAGGUUGCCAUGCCUAAGUAUCUCACCGGCAACCAGCGUACUAUCCUGGAAGUUCUGGCAGACGAGAUGAAUGACAAGACUGCGAAGCGGACCAUGAACUUUGGCAAGGAUAGUCCUGCCGGUGUCGAUGAAGCCAACAAAAGCGAAGGGUUCUUGAAGUCGGUCUGGCAUCGCCUUACAGAGAAGAACGGCGAAUCUUCCCAGUCCACUCAAGACAAGGAGACCCCGUCUAAGGACUCUAAGGAUGCCGACAGCCAAUCUGGCAAGGACAGCUCCAAGAAGUCCUAG